AUGAGCUCGCCGCCGUAUCAAAGCCAAACCUCUCCUCCUGCGCACUCUCCUCCCUAUCCAUCGCACUCCCAGCUCCCAACCCUCAACACCCUCGCAAAUGGCGCCGGAUCAUCGAAGAAGCGCUCGGCUGGUGAUGGCGGCCCUUCUCCCUCCAUGAAGCGCAGGAAGCCCUCCACAAUGUCCGUCACUUCAGUUGGCUCCGCCCAUCCGCUCCGACAAACGUCCUUUCCGCCAGACGAGUCUCCUUUCGCGGCCCGAUCACCGAGUGUGGGGUUCGACAAUGACAACGUCAGUAUGGUUUCCGGCUCCGCUGUCUCGGUUAGUGCGCCCGCGAAGAAGAAGCGCGGUCGUAAAAGCAAAGCCGAUAAGGCUCGCGAGGCUGCCGAGAAGGAGGGAACACCUAGCGCGGUCGGAGGCAGGGCCAUGACGGCGGCCAGUGGCAGGAGUGGCGCGGGCAGAGGCGCAGCGAGCGCUGUGGGGGAUGACGGCGCAGAUGACGAGGAGGAGGAUGACAAGGAUAUCAAGACCAAGAUGGGAGUGGCACAGUUCGAGAGGAGCAGGGAGGAGCGAGAGGAGGAGAAAAAGCUGCGAUUCAUGCUCGUCCAGCAGAUGGAUAGGGACCAGACUGAGAGGUACGAGAUGUGGCACGCCGCGAAGUUGACCGAAAGCGUCGUCAAGAGGAUCGUCAAUGCUGCUGUCUCGCAAUCUGUGCCCGCCAAUGUCACAAAAGCCAUGCAGUCGGUCGCCAAGGUCUUCGUCGGCGACAUCAUCGAGGAGUCACGAAGGGUGCAGUCAGAGUGGGUAGACAAGUCGGGCGAGACACAAGCCGAGGAGGGCGUGUCAUUUCCUCCAUGGCCCUACGAGGAAGAGGAGCACUGGGAUGAGCCUGAGGACGGCCGGCCGAGAGCGACACACCCCAAGGUCAAACCCAAGGAGCCGCCCAAGGGUGCUCUACGUCCAGAUCACGUGCGCGAGGCAUGGAGACGGUACAAGCAAGGAGCCGAGGGCGGUAAUGUUGGUGCGCUGGGUUUGUGGCACCUGCAACAGAGCAGUGGUGUCGAGAGGUUUGGUGUGAAGUCCCGUGGCCGUCGCUUGUUCAAGUAA